AUGGAAAAGCAAAAGACAAAUGUUAUAAACCUCUUCAAUAACGCCAAAGGAGAAAAGACUUAUUUAAAAAUAAGUGCUCCUAUGGUUAGAUACAGCAGGGUGCAGUUUCGAAGCUUGGUUAAAAAGUACAAUGUGGAUUUGGCUUUUACCCCAAUGAUUUUAGCAAAUGCCUUUUGUCAAAACUCCAAAGCUCGUUCAAAUGAGUUUUUGACUACAACACAAGAUACACCUUUAAUUGUCCAGUUUGCUGCUAACAAUGAAAAUGACUUUUUAGAUGCCUCUAAGUUAGUCUAUCCCUAUGCUGAUGGAGUUGAUUUAAAUUGUGGUUGUCCACAAAGGUGGGCCAUGAAAGAUGGUUAUGGAUGUGCAUUACUGUCUAAACCCGAAAUAAUUCAUGACUUAGUAAGAGCGGUUAAAAGUAACACACCGAAUGAUUUUACAGUUUCGGUUAAAGUAAGACUUUUAAGAGACAUUAGAACUACAAUUGUCAUGUGCCAGCAGCUUGAGAAGUGUGGAGUUGAUUUUCUUACUCUUCAUGGUCGAACGCCUGAUCAAAAAAGCAGUGAAGCAAUCAAUGAAGAAGCCAUGUCAGAUGUGUUUAGUGCUUUGAAAAUACCUUGUAUUGCUAAUGGGGGUAUAAGAACUUUGCAGGAUGCAAAUGAAUUGUAUACAAAGUUAAAUUGUGAUGGUGUUAUGGCAGCUAGUGGGUUACUAUCCAACCCAGCUUUGUUUAGUGGAGCCACUACUACUCCAGUAGAAUGUAUAAAAACAUGGAUGGAGUUAAAGAAUUUAAACAGUAAUGCUAAUCAAGAGGACAUUGGUGAUUUUAUAACAUGUUAUUAUGAUGAAAAAAUUACUUUUAAACAUAAUAAAAAAUGUAGAGGUUGUGGAUUUAGUGUGCAUUAUUGUGUUUGUAUAAAGUAUGAUCAACAGGCAAGUGACGGUAGUUUUUUUACUACUUAUGUAAAGACUAAUGAUGAUUUAGACUAUAUGGAUAGUAAUAUAUUUGAAGAAAAAGUUUUAUAG